GCGCCUGCAUGCGCGGCACAGCCCCGGCGUAGCCCGGGGCUGCCGGUGCGGACCGCGCCAUUGUUGGGGGAGGGGGCAGCUGCUGAGCGCGGCGGAGUCCGGGGCGAGCGAAGGCGGCGGGGAGUGGAGGCGCCCCAUGGGGAACACGCUGACCUGUUGCGUGUCCCCCAAUGCCAGCCCCAAGCUGGGCCGGCGCGCGGGGCCGGCGCAGCCAGACUACGAGUCUGAGAUCUACGAGGCGGCGGCCGGGGACGCGGUGGCGGUAGCGCCGACGCCUGCAGCCGUGGAGCCCGCGGAGUUGGAUUUCGGAGCCGGCGAGGGCCACCACCUGCAGCACAUCAGCGACCGGGAGAUGCCCGAAGACUUAGCUUUGGAAUCAAACCCUUCUGACCAUCCAAGGGCAAGCACAAUUUUCCUGAGCAAAUCUCAAACGGAUGUGCGAGAAAAGAGGAAGAGCAACCAUUUAAACCAUGUAUCUCCAGGGCAGCUUACUAAAAAGUAUAGCUCAUGCUCAACAAUAUUUCUAGAUGACAGCACAGUCAGCCAGCCUAAUCUUAGAACCACAAUAAAAUGUGUGACCUUAGCAAUAUAUUACCACAUAAAGAACAGAGAUGCAAAUAGAUCCUUGGAUAUUUUUGAUGAGAGGUCACAUCCACUCACACGAGAAAAAGUUCCAGAGGAAUACUUUAAGCAUGAUCCUGAGCACAAAUUUAUUUACAGAUUUGUUCGUACUCUUUUCAGCGCUGCACAGCUAACAGCUGAAUGUGCAAUAGUGACUUUGGUUUACUUAGAAAGGCUUUUAACUUAUGCUGAGAUCGACAUUUGUCCCACUAACUGGAAAAGAAUUGUUUUGGGAGCCAUUCUUCUUGCCUCCAAGGUUUGGGACGAUCAGGCUGUAUGGAAUGUGGACUACUGCCAGAUCCUCAAGGACAUUACAGUUGAGGACAUGAAUGAGAUGGAAAGGCAUUUUUUGGAGCUACUUCAGUUUAAUAUUAAUGUCCCCGCCAGUGUUUAUGCCAAAUACUACUUUGACCUUCGCUCCUUAGCAGAUGACAACAACUUGAAUUUUCUAUUUGCUCCUCUUAGCAAAGAAAGAGCACAGAACCUAGAGGCCAUUUCCAGAUUGUGUGAAGACAAAUACAAAGACUUGUGCAAAGUUGCUAUGAGAAGGUCCUUUAGCGCUGAUAACUUCAUUGCUGUUCGGCGCUCUAAUGCCAUCCUCUCUUAAGGGAGAAGGGAGGGGUUGUAACAUCACGAACCCCUCAUCUACGAGGACCAGAGAGAUACCACCUCUCCUGUCUCAAAAACCAGCAAAGUUAGUAUUUUCAUCUAAAAGUCAAGAGACUCGUGGACCGCAAGGAUCAUGCUCCUAGGAAAGAAUGGGACUUGUCAAUGCAACACGCUCUUUUGUCCUUUUUAAUGUAAACAGAGUUACAAAAACCACUCCAGAGCAAAAGCUCCAACCCAUACACAGAUAUUUGCGUACUAUGUAGGCUUAUAGCUGUGAGCGAAGUGAGGGGUUUUAAAUUGUUUAAAUUUUUAGACUUUAAAGACACUAACUAUAUAACUCUUAAUGUUUUUUUAUUUUUCUUUCCCCUCCCCCAUAUUGCUGCAUAUUUCUUUAGAAUCAGUGCAGUAUUACCAUUAAAACAUGGGACUCCUAACAACUCCUAAAGCCACUUAGGAACAGACUGUAGCAUUGUGAGGUAUCGCAGGGUUCUUCCUCCCCUACUUUACCAUUGAAGCUGCUAGUCAUUAUUGGCAAUCAGUUUAAACCAAAAAGCUGCUGAGUAACACUUCUCAUUCAAAUUUUUUGCAAGCACUACUUAUUAGCAUAUUAGUACGUUUGGGAUCAUAAACAAGAGAAAGUACGCUAUCGAUUGUCUACUUCUGUUGGGUCCACGCUGCAUUUCUUGUGAACUGUAAUGGUGCUUCUCAUUUUCUGAUGAUUUUCCUCUUUGUUAACUACAUGUUUUAAAAGAUAGUUUCGUAAUUCCAACCAACAUGGUGGUCCAGGGGUAACAAGCAGGUAAUGAAAUAGAAGGUGUCCUGAAGGUCUUGGUGCAACUUUAAGCUUCAGUAUGGUGUGCUUGGGGCCCCGCCGAAGUAUAAAUGCCACACAGUUAGAAAGUACCAAUUGAAAGUUUAAUUGCAUUUCUUGUAAACUUACCUAGUUUUGUAAAUUUUAAAUAUUAAGCUUUUAAUUUUUUGUUUAGUCUCCUCUUGAAGAUGGCGAACAUUGGCUGAAAUGUUUUGUUAAGCCUGUAGCGUUUAUACUUCACAAGUAUCAACCCUUAAAGUGCCCUAAGACUUUAGGGCUACCUUGUAUCCUCACAGACAUGCCCUCCCCUUUGAAAGCAGUCCUUUGCAGGGCUGUGCUGUUUACCUGCUUUGAUCACCUGAGUUUCUUUUUUCUCGAUUUGGUAAAGAUUAUGAAGAGCAGUGGUAAUUCACAUGUAAUAAACUCAAAGGAACUGGACUCUAAUAGUAGUGAUACGAAAGUAGGGAGAGGAAACCGCUUUUCUACCCUACAUGUUAACCUGGCUGGAGAGGUCUCGUUUCAAGUCCUGCUAUGUUAACCCUCACCUCAGCCUUUAAAGGGCAGGGAGUUAAGAAAUCAGUCUUCUAGGACAUUGGUAAUGAUGUCACCUAAACUUGAAACGUUUAAAAAAAAAAAAAAAAAAAAGAUUUGUGUU